ACCAGGAAUCUCCAUUCUUCACAUUCUAAGCACACAGUUUCUGCUCCCAACUUUGCCUCUGUCCUUUAAUCUACAUUAAAACUCCUCUCAUGGCUUCUGAUUUGGGCCUUAAGACCUUCGUAGUCGUCCUUGCAGUUACCUUCUUUUUGCAGGGAACUCUCGGAGAGAUAAUAUGUGAGAACCUGGACCAAGACACAUGUGCGUACGCAGUGUCGUCGUUGGGCAACCGCUGUGUGCUGGAGAAGCGUGUGAAAAGGAGCGGAGAAGAAGCUUACACAUGCGCCGCAUCUGAAAUAAAGGCCGAUAAAUCAAAGAACCAUGUGGAAACUGACCAGUGCAUCUCCGACUGUGGGCUCGACAGAAAAGGUCUCGGCAUCUCCUCUGACUCCCUCCUCGAAGCUAAGUUCACACAAAAACUCUGCUCCGCCCAGUGCUACGAUAACUGCCCCAAUAUCGUCGAUCUUUAUUUCAACCUAGCUGCCGGCGAAGGUGUGUUUCUUCCCAAGCUGUGUGAAGCAAGAGGAAAAAAUGCAAGAAGAGAAAUGUCUGAGAUUCGAAGCUCUGGUUUCGUUGCAGCGGGACCUGCCCAAGCUGUGAAGUUCUUGGCUGACCCAGUUCUGGCUCCGGCAGCUGUACCCUGUGUUUAGGUUUAAG